AUUCAUCACUGUCACUAACGAUUACAGGUCUUUGGUAUUCAUCCUCCGAAACUUCGCUACAGUCAUCAUCUUCAUCUGACUCGUACAAGGUAAAUUCUUGGUCACUUCCAUCUACAUGUGGGCUUCUUCCAAGAGUACUGCAAACAAUGGCCCAAACAUCUGGAGCAAUCUUUCGGGGCAAAGUGUACCUUCGUGUAAAUGAAGCGAAGUUCAUUUCGACGUUACAUUCCUUGACAAUUUGUUCUAUGAUUGGUAAUAUCCGCUCCGCAGUAUAUAAAGUUUGGUUCUGCCGACAGAAGAUUGUCUCGAUAAUCAUCCAGAGCUCGCUCUAAACUGGUGACUUGGUUUGGAGAAGGAAUGCUCAGCGGGAACUCUUCACAAACUCCCUUUUCAAGCGACUUUCUGACAUUCUUUUCAAAGGGACCUCCGCAACCACAAUCGCACUCUGCUGUACAUACGUCACAGCAAUUGUGUGGAACCGUUUCCAGUGUUGAAUCACUCGCAGCCCCAAACACCUCCCUGAUAAUCUUUCUCCUACAGCGAGUGCCCCCAAUGAAGUCUUUCAUGGAUGUUGUUGUUGCUCUUCUUGCGGUGUCUCCAGGGUAACAUAGAGUAAUUGCAAUGCUUGGCUUGCCAUCCCGACCCACCCUUCCACUCAUUUGGAUGUAGUCGUCCAGUGCGCUGGUCCUCCCACACAAAACAGCUCUAUGUACUUGACUGGAAUCUACUCCCAUACCGUAGGCGAUGGUUGCAAUCAGCACCCUUACUUCUCCUUGAGAAAAAGGGAAAUAUGGCGCAACCAGAGCAACAGCAACAUCAACCGACUGUGUUCGUGCAACCACAGCCAGGACAACCCGUCGUUGUACAACAUCAGCAACAGAAUCUACCUAAUGCAUGCCGGGCAGCCAUACCGUCAAUGCAUAUGGCUAUGUCUGUCACCUGUCUCGUCAUCAACUGCAUCAUUCCAGGAAUAGGAACGAUCAUUGCUGGUUUUGGAGUAUUCUGUUGCGGUAACAAGGGCCAAUCUGGUGGUGGGAAGUUUGGCACGUUCUGCAUCAACUUCUGGGUCGGCCUCUUGCAGUUGAUUCUAUCCCCUAUUGGGAUCGGUUAUGUCUGGGCAAUUAUGUGGGGAUCAAUCAUGAUAUAUCUAUCACUCGAAUAUCACAACCCAGGAUCAACAACCACGAGUGUGGUGUUCCAACCUGCUGUUCCAAAUCAGAAUGUAGUCGUCCCGCCUCUGAGAACUGGUCUGCAGCAGCAACCAAUACAACCCCCACCACAGCAAGGCUAUCCAUCACAACCCCCUCCACAAUACCCACAACAAACUCCGCAAGAAAAGGGUUACCCACAGCAGCCCCCGCCUCAGUACCCACAACAACCCCUCUCACAACAAGGUUACCCGCAACAGCCUCCACCACAACAAGACAGUACACCACAACCACCGGUUCUUUCAGAAAACGUUGCAGAUGAGAAACAUUAAAGAGUAAACCCCAUGGACAACCGCUGCCGGAAUGCUAGUAGGUUUUUGGUCAACACCAACAACUAUUCGAUGCGCUAUAGGAAAUUAAAAUAUUCAAAUAGAAAUAUUUUUUCACACAUUGGUAUGAUUUUGAAAUACACAUAUCAGCAAUUUAUGUGUAACUUUGAUGUCACAUCAUAAUACUGGUAUCAGGAAGAAAGUAAAAUUUGAGGUUUGUAUCCAUUUGGUCUCCUAGCAGAUGGUCCAAUUCUAAGAUCAUCUAACACCAUCAUGGCUAAACCAUUUGGUUUGAUAAACUGUCCUUUAGCAGAAUACCCCCAAUUGACUAUUUUCCAUGGCCAUACGCAGCGAGGGGUAGGGGCAGGGGGCAGUUGCCCUCCAGAAAUUGUGGAAAUCUGCAUUUUUUAAUGAACAUUUUCACAAAAUCCUUCAGUUUCACUUUAGAAAACACAAAAGCGCCCCCAUUGCUCUCUCGCUUUCAAGUAUCUUCUUCAAAAAAAAAAAUUACGCGUUGUGCCCCCACCCCAGGAAAAUAAUUCUGCUUACGGCCAUGCUGUUUUCCGCUUCGUAUUCUUGCAAUGUUGCUUUGUACUUUGUCAAAUAAAAACAUUGUUCAUAAUUAAGUACAGUUGGAUCAAAUUGACAUUAGGCAAAAUGGGCACAGCUUAUAAUUAGACAAAGUGGUAAAUGGGCUAAAUAGACAAACUGGUUGUGAAAUAGGCUGAUACCAAGUGGGAUGAAAUCAAACGGGAGGUAGGGAAACUGGGUGUAGACCAAGCGGUAAUUCACCGAAUUUGGUUGGUCUGUUGUAUAUUUAUCACAGCUUUAAUUCAUUAUAACCAAACAGGAAUCAUUGCUUUUGUUUUACCAUUCAAGGUACGAUAACAUAAUACCCUAUGAACUGUUUAACAUUUAAUACUAGUAGUUGAAUGAAAUAUUACAAACAUGUAAUGUGUAUUGUUAUUUUCUAUAUGUUUAUUACAAUAGAUUCAACAUACUAACAAAGAAAAUAGCUGUAUGAACUAUCAUGAAACGCCACAAUAUUUCUGUUUCACAGCUUCAAACUUCUUACAACGUCGCGUCUUAUAAUUAGCUCCAAGAAAGUAAGAAAACAACACUAAUUAUUAUUCAAUACAUCGUUUUCAAUUUAUUUAUUUAUUUCACCCAAAUUUGAACAACAUCCAUGUACAAUCAUGAAAUAAGUGUAGGUUUAUAUACUGCCAAAGGUUGAUGGAUAAAAUGAAUAGGCCAUAUAAUUAUAAUAUAAUUAUUGUUAUAUAAUAAUCGCUAAUAUCAUCAUUAUUAUUGUUAUCACCAUUAUUAAUAUUGUUAUUAUAGACAUCAUUCGUCAACAUCAACACAAUUAUCACCACCACCACCACCAUCAUCAUCAUCGUCAUCAUCGUCAUCAUCAUCAUCAUCUAUGCAUCGUGAAAAUAUGGACUUCUUUUAUCUAGCGUACGUAUAAUAUAGAUACCAUGUCUUUCGUAGUAAUAUAAAAGGAUUAUCGAUCUUUUAGGAUAAAUUAUGAUCUUAACAAAUCUUCUCUCUUACAUUAUUAUGAAUCAUUAAAAUAAAAGUGCUUUAAAACUUA